GUUACAAACUCUGUGCCAAAACCGUGAGUGUAUCCGAUGCGUCGGUGGCUCGGUGCCCACGCUACCGGGGGGAGGGGACUCGAAUAACUCAAGUACUGGAAUUGCACGUUCUUGGUUUUCUUGGCCUUGGUAUACGUACUGUAAAAACUUCGCAGAGUUUCAGAGUUCAUGGAAACGACCCCUGAUACUGUCAUGCGACUGCUAGCAACGAACAUAACAAUCUGGUAACAAAUACUUUAAAACUGGCGCGUGGAUAUAAGCUGCAGCAUUACAGCCACUGUAAUUUUAUGAUUUUCACAGUAUAUCAUAUUAAUCAAGAGAUGGUAGUCUGUUGAAUUUAAAGCCAGAAAACCUGCCGAAAAUGGUUUUGAUGUAAAACAGAAAAGAACUGAAAUGGUGUAUUACUGAGGCCUUAAAUACUGCGAAAUGAAUAUAAAUCGCCAAUUUUAUAUUGAUACACAGCGGGAUUUUUUAAAUUAGGUCAUUUAGUUUUUAAAUAUUUCAAUGAGUGCUGAAAGAGAUAAGGAGACAAGAAUACGUCAUUCAUGCCAAAGCGCAAACAUAAUUCAUUGUUCAGAAGCGCAAACAUAAUUGACUUUCCUAUGUUUUUUACUAUAAAAAUCCCGAAUUAUGGUAUCCAGUCGUGAGUUGUCCGAAAUGUGGGAACAACGUCUCCGCGAUAAAUGAGUUUUCCCACCGUGGAAGAAGAAUAACUCGCAAAAGCAGCGGAAAACUGGUCUUAAAAAAUUGUUUUUGCGGUAUUUCUACGAGUGUGGAAUAACUUCUGCGAAUUGCAAUAACUGUGUAUCAUCUGUACCCUGUACUCUGUGAGUCAAUAUAAUUAUAUUCCCAAUAUCCGGUUUGAAACGUGGACAUCAAUGUUCCAUAUCCCCUCCCCCCGCUGCCAGCAUCCCAUUACCACUUCAAAAUACAAAAUACGAUCUUCCUGCCACCUGUUUCAUAUUUAAAUAAUCUCGAUAAGACAAGAGCUCGCACUUGGUGUCUAAUCAGUCUUCGUGAAAACAUCUAAACAAAUGACCAAAGAAACUAUAAGUGAGACGAAGCAAUUAAACAAUGCUGAAAUCAUUAAAUCAAUUUACAAAGUUUUUAUUUAUAUUCAUUGUGGUUGCACGUAUCAGCGGUGGUCAACUGAAGAAAUCUAAUCCUAAGGAAAGACGUGCAAGUGUACAAACCAAUAUGACAACAGCACAGCCGAAUGUACAACUUGCUUCAAGCACAACAAGAAUUAGUACGUCAACAAGUGCUUCAUCCAACAUGAGCAAAGAGACUACAAAGUCUACAAAAUCAUUGCCUGCCAGACAAAAUACUAGUGCACCUAUGAUUCGAACAAAGUUUUUUAUUUUAUUAGUUAUCCUUUGUCCUAUUGUUGCACUAGUUUUGUUUAAGUAUUGCAAGAGGAAAAACUCGGAUGGUAAAGUAACUCAAACAGUGGAAGUACGACCAGUUUCUGCCACCUCAAGUCAAUGCGAGGUUCAAACUGUCAGCCCUUUAUACUGCGAGGUUGAUAUCUUUCAAUUCCCGAGCAGGGAACAAACUUCUGAAACAGUCGAGACAGAUAUCGAUGAACCUGCCGACGUUGAGGGUAAUUUAGCGGAUGAAUAUUACUAUCCUGAAAAUAUUGAUGAUGAAUAUGAAACUAUGAAUCCAAUCAAUCCACGUCAGGCCAGUGGGGAAUACGCGUGCGCGUAUGAUCAUGUAAAUAUAAACGCGGGUUAUAUGAACGCUUUUCCGUGCAAGCGACCAACAAGCGGAGUUGAAGACGACGAUUAUGAAUACCCACAGAACCGCAGGAGUUCUUCAGAUAACGAAUAUCGUUAUGCGUAUGACUGGCUGGAUCCUGAUGCUAGAGUGGCCGCAUUGAGCGCCUGUGAACCUGUGCAGGCACAUACCUCUCAUGACAAAGAUGAAGUCAAUGACAAUUUUUAUGAAAAUUAUCAAACAUUGUCGCAUCAAACAUUGUCACGAGAAAGUCUCCAUGAAAACGAAAACGAAACGGUACCUCUUGAAUAUGUUGCCGUCAUGUGAAACACGUCAACGUUUUGUUUCACUCUCAUUUAAAAUGGGACGGUGAAAAAUCCAUUGUUGAAACUGACACGACUCACCGCGUAUUCCAACUGCUGACACAAGUACUUGUGAAAAGAAAAACAUUAAAUUAAAUUAUUUUACAUUGACUGUAAGACAAAUAUUUAAUUGGCUGAGGAAUAAUCUUAAAUUGUACGUGAUUAUAUGAGGGACAUUAAUUGGUCACAUACAUUAUCUGGUUAAUUAAACCGCGUCGUCACCAGCUGAAAAAUUGCUUUUGUAUAUAUAAAUCAUUUUAUCAUUGUAGUUGUUGUGCUAUCGUAGAAAGGCCAAUUCGCUCGAAACGUCGAGGUAGUUUGAUCGUCUAAUCCUUCAAGCAAUAUUUGCGAACGUCUUUGCACAAGAUAUGAAUAUUUUUGUGAACGUGCUGAAUGCGAAGGUCAGUUGACGUUUCCAGCGCAGGUCUUAUAAACCCUCUAAAGGCCUUUGCUCGAAACGUCGAAUUUCACUUUGUAUUUUUCAGGUAGUCGCAUCCCCACCAACGAAAGCUUGUUAUUAUUGGCGCUACCUACACUGGCACAGACACUACAUGAAUAUAAAGGUAUAGCUAGAGUAUAUGUUACUUCUGCCGGCUCAGGAAUUAAGUAUAUGUUUCCAAUACGUUAAGGUUUGUAGCGAAGAAGGUAGCUAUAUCAGCAUGCUUACAAAGAUGAAGAAAAAACAGUUAUGUAUUUUCGCCCUUUUUCUCAUAUAGAUGCUGUUGUAGUUACUUUUGGUUAGUUGAUCCCGGUAAAUGUAAUUAUACGUCGUGACCGAUACACAAGAGUCAAUAUUUACCGGUAUAGCUAGUAUAUACAAAACCAAUAUACGAGCCAAUAUAUACACGUUUCAUUCGGUGAUAGCAUGAUACAGAUGUUUAUUAGUAUAGCUGCACUGGUCAGACUGAGACAAUCGCAUCUCAUUAUGGUAGUCCAAUAGACUAGAGGGAGAUAAAACAUGAUGUAAUAGAAAAGGCAUCUUCAAUUUUUUGAAAAAUCCAAUGUUAAUCAGAAUUUGUUUAUUUUGCAAUCCAAUCUUUCAUUAUUGAAUGUGUCAAAGGUGAUGUACUCGCCCAAUGCCCGCCCACGUCGUGGGCUGAUCACGAUUAUAUUUUACCGAUCACGUAUCGAGAACAGCAAGGGCAAAUAUAAAGUAUUAUAUUGUUCAGUAAUAUAAUGGAGCCUUGCUAGGGGGCUUCGGUGGCGAAGUGGUUAGCGCACUUGCCUUUCACCUCUAAGGUAGCUGAUUCAAGCCUCAGUGAGGACUUCUCAAUGUGACUCGAACUCAGACCUCAUGUGAAAAGAGUAAAAAGUCAACGCUCUGCGGAAAGUCGUGGGUUUUCUCCGGGUACUCCGUGUUUCCUCCCACAGGGAAAGUUGACAUGGUGGUUUAGGCCCAUAAGGUCUGGAGGCAGAUCAUUAAUGAGGUAUGGACUAAUAGCGGCUGCUCAAGCGCCAUUUGUAAGCUCAAAGUCUACCUCGGUCUGCUUCACGUCAGUCCGGUUCUAUCUAUUCAUAAUGUAACCAGUCACUGAAAAGCCCUGAUAGGGAGUGUGCUGUGAAAUGUCUGUAAUCUGUAAUUGCUGCAAGGC